ACAAAGAUCAGACAAACAAGUCGUGAACAUAAAAACGGGAGAAAGAAACAACAAGAGAAGAAAAGAAAAAAAAAGGCAAAGGAGGAGCACAAAAAAGAAACUGCAAAUCCAAUCUUUGUUUAUUUUAGCAUUCGGAGUUUCGUGACAGCGAGAGUUGCUGGUUUCGGGUGGGGGUUUUAUCGGUUUCGUGGGAUCAAGACAGAGAAGGAUUCGAGUUUGUAGAAAUUGGAAAUGAGAGAUCUAAUGAUCUUUGAAUCAUAUCAUCGGGCAUAAAUUCUGGAUUUUGAAGUUUGAGAGUGACCCAUUUGACUUGGUCCUCGGAGAUAUCUUUAUUCCAUCCAGGGGAUCAAGGAUUAGUAGUAGACUUAAUGCGACUAAGCAAAUGGGUUUAUUAUCAUCACGAUGACUCUCCUUGUUGCUUCUGGAGGAGAUUCAGUAAAUGGAUUCACCUGAUAACAACAAAGCAGCGCCUAGAUUUGUUGACAUAGUCAAAUCUUGGAUCCCUAGAAAGAGUGAGUCCUCAAAUAUGUCGAGGGAUUUUUGGAUGCCUGACCAUAGCUGUCCUGUGUGUUACGAGUGUGAUGCUCAGUUCACUGUUUUUAAUCGAAGGCACCAUUGCCGGCUUUGCGGUCGUGUGUUUUGUGCCAAAUGCGCUGCUAAUUCUAUCCCAUCUCCAUCUGAUGAAACUAAGGAUACUCAUGAGGAACCAGAAAAGAUUAGGGUUUGUAAUUACUGCUACAAACAGUGGGAACAAGGGAUUGUUCCCCCUGAUACUGGUGCUACUAUUAUUAGCCUUCAUUUUAGUUCGUCCCCUUCUGCUAGAAGUGUGGCAAGUACUGCCUCCAACUGCACCUCUAAUAGUAGCAACUGCACCCUUGAUUCAACUGUUGGACCGUCCCCUAAACCUAAGAUGAAUCCCCCGUCUAGCCGUCGUGUCUCGGCAAACAUGGAUUCUGAGCAGCAGAAUUCAUCAUUCCGUAGGAGCUCAGAUGCUUAUGGGCAUGUGUUAGAUUCUUCUGAAAAUCAAGUUGAAUUCUUUGUAAACAGUAGUGGCAGGAGUGAUGGGGAAGCUGAUGAGGAUGACGAUUAUCAAUCUGAUUUUGCACAAUCUUACUCUCAAGGAAAUGACUACUAUGGUGCCAUCAGUCUUGAUGAAGUAGAACAUAUCUAUGGGUCACAUGAAUCUCAUGACGUUGGUGUAAAUAUAGAUCCAAACAUAGGUUGCUUUCCUCCUGAUCAAGAUCUUGACUCACUGGAUACGGAGACGAUAGAUAAAACUAGACUACAAGGGAAUGAAUGGAACGAUGUGAAGGAGGGAAGCCCUCCUUGUGAAGAGUCCUUUGAGCCCGAAGUAGUGGAUUUUGAGAGCGAUGGGCUCUUAUGGUUACCGCCAGAGCCAGAGAACGAAGAAGAUGAAAGAGAAGCUGUGCUAUCUGAUGAUGACGGUGAUGAAGGUGAUAGAGGUGAUUGGGGGUAUCUUCGCCCAUCAAAUAGCUUUAACGAUAAGGAGUUCCACUCUAGGGACAAGUCCAGUGGUGCUAUGAAAAAUGUUGUGGAAGGGCACUUUAGGGCUUUGGUAGCGCAACUUUUGGAGGUUGAUAAUCUACCUAUGGUCAAUGAAGGCGAUAAAGAGGGUUGGCUUGAUAUAAUUACAUCAUUGUCUUGGGAGGCGGCAACGCUUCUCAAGCCAGAUACAAGUAAAGGUGGAGGAAUGGAUCCAGGAGGAUAUGUGAAGGUCAAAUGCAUCCCUUGUGGCUGUCGCAGUGAGAGUAUGGUCGUGAAAGGAGUUGUUUGUAAGAAAAAUGUGGCUCAUCGGCGAAUGACUUCAAAGAUCGAGAAGCCGCGUCUGCUAAUCCUUGGAGGAGCUCUGGAGUAUCAGCGCAUUUCUAACCAGCUGUCUAGUUUUGACACUUUGUUGCAACAGGAAAUGGACCAUUUGAAGAUGGCUGUUGCCAAAAUUGAUUCUCACAAUCCCGACAUUCUAUUGGUGGAGAAAUCUGUCUCACGGUUUGCUCAGGAUUAUCUUCUUGCAAAGGACAUAUCUCUUGUGUUGAAUAUUAAAAGGUCCCUUCUAGAACGCAUAUCACGCUGUACUGGUGCGCAGAUUGUCCCUUCGAUUGACCAGCUCACAUCACCAAAGCUGGGUUAUUGUGACCUGUUCCAUGUGGAAAAGUUUGUUGAGAAACAUGUUAGUCCUUCUCAAGUUGCAAAGAAAAUGGCCAAGACUUUAAUGUUUUUUGAUGGCUGCCCUAAGCCUUUGGGUUGUACGAUAUUGCUCAAGGGGGCUCAUGAAGAUGAGCUAAAGAAGGUGAAACAUGUGAUUCAGUAUGGAGUUUUUGCAGCAUAUCAUUUGGCUCUUGAGACAUCUUUCCUGGCAGAUGAAGGUGCUUCCCUGCCAGAACUUCCUCUGCAGACCCCAAUUACAGUGGCUUUACCUGAUAAGCCAUCAACAAUUAACAGAUCAAUAUCCACAAUACCUGGUUUUUCUGUGUCAAGUGCUGAAAAGUCUCCAACUACUGAAUUAAGGGAUGGGCCACAUAAAGCCAGUGUCGACCUUACUGGUAAUUUCACUUCUAGUAAGACUGAUUUACAAGGGAGAUUGGAUGGAAACGACAGGAUUGACCCAUCUGAAAAUCUGCUUCACAACUUGGAUACUGUUUACUGUAAGCCUCCAGAAAUUAUUACCUCUAAGGACGAUGGGUUAGUUCCUACUCCAGAACCCAGGCAGCUAUCGUUUCACAAGGAAGAACCUUCUGUUCAAAAAGAUGAGUGGUCUGUUUUACCCUGUGCCACAGAACAAGUAACCGAUGGUGCUUACACGGAUCAAUCCACAGUAACAGGAGAUCAGAAUUGUGGUAGACAGGAACAGAUGGACUCUUCAAAAGGAGACUUUCUUCCUUCAGCAUCUGACCAUCAAAGUAUAUUGGUUUCCUUAUCAACAAGAUGUGUGUGGAAAGGAUCUGUGUGUGAACGGGCUCAUCUACUUCGUAUCAAAUACUACGGGAGCUUUGACAAGCCUUUAGGACGGUUCUUAAGGGAUAAUCUCUUUGAUCAGGAUCAGUGCUGCCCAUCAUGUACGAUGCCAGCGGAAGCACACAUUCAUUGUUAUACUCAUAGGCAAGGUAGUCUGACAAUAUCUGUUAAGAAAUUACCUGAAUUGCUACCUGGGCAACGUGAAGGGAAGAUUUGGAUGUGGCAUCGAUGUCUGAAAUGUCCUCGGAUCAGUGGCUUUCCUCCGGCCACACGCAGAAUUGUGAUGUCAGAUGCGGCGUGGGGAUUGUCUUUUGGCAAAUUUUUGGAGCUGAGCUUUUCUAACCAUGCAGCGGCUAGUCGUGUGGCCAACUGUGGUCAUUCCCUUCACAGAGACUGUCUCCGGUUCUAUGGUUUUGGGAGAAUGGUGGCUUGCUUCCGCUAUGCGUCAAUCAACAUUUAUGCAGUUUUUCUGCCACCAUCAAAACUUGAGUUCAACUAUCAGAACCAGGAAUGGCUCCAAAAGGAAUCUAAAGAGGUGAUUCAAAAGGCAGAAGUCCUUUUUAAUGAGGUUCAGGAGGCUCUUGGUCAGAUUUCAGCGAAAACAAUGGAUGCAGGUUCCAAGGGCAGCACUCCCAACAAGAUAAAGCUUUCUCUUGAAGAACUUGCAGGACUUCUUGAGCAACGUAAAAAGGAAUAUAAGGAAUCAUUACAGCAAAUGUUAAGUGUGUUUAAGGAUGGACAACCUACUAUUGAUAUCCUUCUGAUAAACAAACUUCGAAGACUGAUACUUUUCGAUUCAUAUGCUUGGGAUGAAUGCCUAGCAGGGGCUGCCAGUAUGGUAAGAUAUAACUAUUCUGAAGCUCCGAGAAAUUCUGCCCCAAAAGUUAUGGGUCGCAACGUUUCUUUAGAGAAGCUUGGUGAUGAAAAAAUAAGGUCGAUACCAACCCAUGUUGAUUCGAGUGGCAAAAUUGCUGCUAUUCCUGAAGAUGUAGGCUCAGACGUGCCCCAAGAUUGUAGGAUGGAGUUCGAGCCUAGUGAAGGUGGCAAAGAUAAUUUUGCGGAGCCUGCGCAGGAUGUUAAAACAGUACUCUCUGAGAGCCAGUCUCAAGCAACAGAUUUAUAUGAUACUCUUGAUGCAGCAUGGAUAGGUGAACAAACUAUUUCAGAUAAUUGUAUUUCCCGUCCGCCUAGCAGAGCUGCUUCAGCAAAUGAAAUUCAGAUUCCUGAUUUAAGGCUAUUGGGUUCAGAAAGUGGGCUGAACAUUAAAGGCGUCCCUACCAGUGAUGAACAUACAACACAAGUUCAAAUGCCUUCUCCUAGUUUCUACUAUUCACUCAACAAAAAUUAUUCGCUUAAUUCUCGCAAGCAUAUUAUGGCUGAAGACCGGCCUGUCUAUGUUUCUUCAUAUAGAGAGCUUGAAUGGCGAAGUGGUGCUAGGCUGCUACUUCCUCUGGGAGUUAAUGACUUGGUACUGCCAGUGUAUGAUGACGAGCCUACUAGUAUCAUAGCUUAUGCCCUUACAUCAUCAGAAUAUAAAGCCCAGAUGUCUGGAUCAGAUAAGUCAAGAGAUCGCUUGGAUAGUGGAGGUUCCUUUUCACUUUUUGAUUCUGUUAAUCUUCUCUCAUUGAACUCUUUGAGCGAUUUGUCAGUCGACAUGAGUAGAAGUCUUAGCUCUGCUGAUGAACAAGUCUCGCAGCUUUUACAGUCUUCACUUUAUUUGAAAGAUCUGCAUGCUAGAGUUUCGUUUACAGAUGAAGGUCCUCCUGGGAAAGUGAAGUACUCUGUGACAUGUUAUUAUGCUAAGGAGUUCGAAGCCCUGAGGAAGAUUUGUUGUCCUUCAGAAACAGAUUUCAUUAGAUCUCUUGGUCGUUGUAGAAAAUGGGGAGCCCAGGGUGGAAAGAGCAACGUUUUCUUUGCAAAAAGUUUGGAUGACCGUUUCAUCAUCAAGCAAGUUACAAAGACAGAGCUUGAGUCCUUCAUCAAGUUUGGGCCUGCGUACUUCAAAUACCUGACCGAGUCCAUCAGUACUAAAAGCCCUACAAGCCUUGCAAAGAUCUUGGGCAUCUAUCAGGUUUCAUCCAAACACCUUAAAGGAGGAAAAGAGUUCAAAAUGGACGUCUUGGUGAUGGAGAAUCUUCUGUUCAAGCGGAACUUCACUAGGCUUUAUGACCUAAAAGGCUCCACACGUGCUCGUUACAAUCCUGAUACAAGUGGUAGCAAUACAGUUUUGCUGGACCAGAAUCUUGUUGAAGCGAUGCCGACAUCUCCAAUAUUUGUUGGGAGCAAGGCAAAACGGCUUCUUGAAAGAGCCGUCUGGAACGAUACAUCCUUUCUUGCUUCGAUUCACGUAAUGGACUACUCCUUACUAGUUGGGGUAGAUGAGGAAAGAAACGAACUGGUUCUAGGAAUUAUCGAUUUCAUGAGGCAAUACACCUGGGACAAACAUCUGGAGACUUGGGUCAAGACUUCAGGGCUCCUUGGAGGACCGAAGAACUCAUCUCCCACAGUGAUAUCGCCGCAGCAAUACAAGAAAAGAUUCAGGAAAGCAAUGACGGCUUAUUUUCUGAUGGUCCCUGACCAAUGGUCGUCUGCCACGGUAGUGCCAAACAACAGUUCUUCAGCAGAGGUGAAGGAGGAAGAAGAGCGAGACAAUCCUCAAGCAACAGUUGGUAACAAGUCCUGAAGCAUUUUCUGCAAGAUACAUACAGAAUCAAUAUUCAGUUAGCCAAUAUAGUUUUUUAUUUUUUGGUUGGAAUGGUCCUUGGGUAAUUUGUGUUUAUGUACUACCCUUGGCCUUAGGUGUGGCAUAUGCCUCUUCCAUCGCCUUUUGCAUCAGAAUUAAUAAAAGCAAGAUGCAAUUGUACAUACACUGCUUCAAUCUUUUAGUGUUGUUCAGUUACUUUUGUUUACUAACAUUUUGCUCAGUAAGUAAGUGCGUCAACUGCCUAUAAUAUUA